AUGAUGACAAAGAAUACAAGUUUAAGACGGUGUAUUGAAGAUCUUUCUUCCAAAAAUACAGAUUAUAAAUAUCCCGAACAAGCAAUAAAUCAAGCAGAAUCAUUAAAAUCUUUAUCCAGUGAUUUAUAUACAGAUGAUGUACGGUUUAUUUAUGAAUUAAUACAAAAUGCUGAUGAUGCUCAAACAAUUCAUAUCAUUUUAGCAAUUCUUGAUAAUAAAUAUUUAAUCAUCGGUCAUGAUGAUUAUGCCAUUAUUUAUUCUAAUGAUGAGUUCUUCCGUUUUGAUUCAUCUUGUCCAAUUAAAUGGAAUAAACAAUGGGGAACUGAUGAUCAACAAGCAUGGGAAAGAGAAAAUGAUCGACAAUUUAUUUAUUCAUUGUAA